AUGAUGACACGAAGUGAGGAAGCGGCGUGCUUUCACCGUCACUUCACUGCCAAAUUCACAGCUGCUGCUGAAGCGCUCACGCAGCUAGAGACAACCACUCAGUUGCUGCAUGAACGUCAGGGAGAGCCCUGCGAAGGCCCCACGCUGCAGCCGACGGUGCUCGCCAGGCACUUGCAACACGCUCCGCUCAGAAAAGCCGUCCCCCCAGGCCACCCACCCAGUGCCAUCUGGCGCCUCUGCUCAGACAUCAUCGCGACAAGGGUCUGCCAUGUGCUAAAUACCCACUGGACCCCACAGCCUAACCGCGUGCCCCGGCCUUGGUCCGACGCGCACCUGGUCCUUAUCCGUAAGCCAGCCAAAACCGGUAAGGAAGAGGGACACUAUCGUCCGAUAGGUCUUCAAGACCAGCUAGGCAAACUCACCUUUAAAGCACUAGUCGAACCCUAUCAGGCAGACAUACACAGCAUCGCCGCACAAUUCCCCCAAUACGGCUACAUGCCGGGCAGGUCCCACCGCGAUGCCUUACGCAGGGUAUUCGACCACUGCGCGCACAUAAGGGCCAAGUGCCGCGCCCACCACUGCACACUACAUGACCGAUUUGAAGGCAAGGCAGCCACGGCCUUGAUCGGCGGCCUGCAGGUCACACUCGACCUCGCGGGAGCAUUUGAUGCCAUGCCCCGACAUCGACUCCUGGAAGGAAUGGAGCACAUGAACUUGCCGCUCUCCUUCAUACAGAUUGUCAUGUGUUGGCACCACCAAGCCCACUACCAUAUCAACCACGAUGGCACGGAUCGGGUUGUCCACGCUACACAGGGCGUGCGACAGGGUUGUGCGGUUGCACCCCUUCUCUGGCUCAUCUUCUCACACCUUAUCAGUGCAAAACUUGCGGCCAAGAUUGGCUACCACGCCACAGUCAAUCUCCUCAGCAUCUUCGCUGACGACUACCAUUGCUCGGGUGAGUUCAGCUCGACGCACGAUCUGGAGGUCAUUCUGUCGCACAUGGCCGUGCUCCUCCAUACACUGGCGGAUAUGGGAAUGACGGUUAGCCCCGCAAAAAGCAAGGCUAUACUCAAAUGCGCAGGUCCGGGGGCUGAACAGCUCAGGAGACGGUUCACACGCAAAACGGCCCAGGGGAAAGUCCUUCGUAUCUACAGUGCACAAGAAUGUAUCGACAUCCCGCUUGUUGAUUCAUUCACGUACUUGGGAGCGAUUGUCAGCUAUGAUCACUAUGAGGAUCGAACACUUGCGCACCGCUUAGAGGCGUGUGUCUAUACCGCCACUGUCUACGGGCUUGAUGCCUGUGGACUCGCGCCCCUUGGCGCCAAGAAGCUCACAGCGCAGAUCCUGCGACAAAUUCGACUCAUAGUCAGGGAUCCCGUGUACAUGACGGGUACAUCACACCAGCAGGUUUUGACCAAAUGGAACCUCCUUUCUCCGAUUGAGGCGCUAAGGCACCAACUUCAUAAGGAGACAGUUGAUCCGGAGACUCAACCGGAUAUCUUCAAAAGGGGGCCCGAUAGCGCAGCUUGGCAAAGAGUCAUGGAUACCCUACAAGACUUUUCACCCUCUCAGCUUGUCGAAAUGAACAAUCAGCGUGUCCAUGGCCACCCGUGUCCAGAGUGUGGAAUAUAUUUCGCCACCCGUGCCUCCAUGCUCGGCCACAUGACCCGUAAACAUAAAGACCACCCAGCACGCCCCGUCAAUCAGCCUACGCGCACCUUCGACAAACACAGUGACGCGCUGGGAGGGCUACCUCAAUGCAGCCACUGCAAAGUCAAACUCUGUGACUUCUCCAGUCUGCGCAAGCACAUUAACGAGCAGCGCUGUAAGGUGCUUUACCCCACGAGACGUGCCAGACCAACGGACGACUCGGAAAUACAGUUGCCGUACUUUCAGAGGAUAGACAGUGGCUCCGACACUACUGUGCCCUGUGCUCCCAGUGGAUUGUGUGCUCAAGUAAGGCCCCCAGACAGCACCCUGCCAAAUGUACUGUCUUGUGGCAAGUCUGCCUUAUGCAUCUCAAACUGCGUAACGACAGGACUGGCGAUGGAGGAGCUUCAGCAAGUCUUCGGCCCGCUGAUGAAGGACCAGCUGGAUCUCAUGGAGUGGGCACCGACGAUGAAGAGGGAAGCCGAACCGGAAUCGGCCCCUGCAGAGCGAGGCAAGGUUCCCAAGACAGAGCAGGGCAAAGGGCGCCCGCGUCAGCCGGCCCCUCCAAGCAAACAACACUGGCGCAAAGGUGGGGGCAAGGGACGUGGUCACGAAACCCCCAACCUGACCUACUUGAUCAAAGCACUGGCCAGACUAGCACUGCAACAGGAGACGGCGCUCAAGAUCCUACGCCAGGACUACAGCUGGGUGCUCUUCAUUCAACCGGGAGGAGGGAACAACGACCAGUACACUCUGAUCACGAUGCUGCACGCAAGCCUGAAAGACAUCGGAGGAGUGACGCAGACACCCUUCCAGAAGAAGGCAGAGGACAACAAAUGGCUACAGGAAGGCCAUUGGUGCUACCAGAAGUGGUCGCCGGCGUUGGGGAGCCUGGUGGUCGACGAGGGGAGGCCCCCGCUUCCACACGCGAAGCUAGUGGAAGCACUACAACUCCUUCUACCCAUCAUCAUGCAGCCCUACAUGAUACACAGAUUCCACGCCACACGCCCCCUAGCAGACACCAUGACAGGGGUCACGGCUUUCCAGCUGGACAUCUCCAAUCGCACGAAGGGCCACCCAACAGUAUGGGAGACACUGGAGGCAUUGACCGGCCUGUCGGCCAUGCAGGUCAUCGGCCUCCAACUAAGGAGGGACACGCUCAAGCAGUCACCGGCUGCCGCGCUUGUCCAACAGGUUGCGGACAUCCUCAAGUAUGGUGCCCAGGAACAGGCGUGGAGGGAUGUGUAUCAUGCGCGUAAGCCCAUUCACGUUCACGCACUGAGCUCCUGGCGGCCCUUGCUGUGCAAUUGGGCUAACCUCCACCAGCAACAUGACGCUUGUGAAUUCCUAGAACACCUCCUAGGAGCUGGACGACCCCAAGUUCUUCAAGGCAAGUGGGAAUCGCGCAUUGUUAGUGAGGUUGAGGGCACCGAGACCAGAGGACAGCACAACACACAGCGGUCCAUUACCCUUGACCUGGCGGACCCUUAUGCCACCACUAACCUCCAAGCACUUGUUGACCAUUGGCACACCGGCGGCACGUACGUACAGGCUUGCACGCAUCCUCCACGCAUCCUGCUUCUGCGCAUCUCGCGAUUCUUGGACACGGACGCUGGCGAGACGAUCAAAUUGCACACCAGGGUCACCAUUCCCACUGCAGUAAGGAUCCCGUAUUCGCUGGAGAUUGAUGAAAAAAUCCCAGAUGACAUGCCAUACCCACGGCACAUAGCUGAGCAAAUUGCGGCCGAUAUGAUUGCCUGUGGACAGGUGCGCAUGAGUGCAUGGAAGCUACUCUGUGACAGUCUGCCUAGGGGCGACCUGCGCAGUGAGGCGCAUGCCGACCUACCUGGCAGUAUGUGCUUUAUGAGUGGAGCCUACUCACAGGGCCCGCUACAUGGGCUUCGGCGCAACACUUCGAAGUUCCCAUGGGUUACGCUAAUGGUGUGUAGGUACAUCCGCUCCUGCACCCGGGUGCCCUUCACUAGCUUUGUGCUUCAGCGAAACACGUUCAUGCAUGCACAUAGGGAUAUGAACAACGCCGCACAAAGUGUCAAUGCAGUGCUACCCUGCUCGGCCUUCAUAGGAGGAGGAGUAUGGGUCUACGAUCCAGACGGCAGCCAUGCGUGUAUGGAUGGUACCAUGCAGGGCAACGUGCUAAAUCUCACACUGCCAGGAGUCACCUUUGACCCUCAACAAUGGCAUGAGACUCGCCCCUGGACAGGAGAUCGCAUCACGAUUGCAAUCUUCACAGUCAGGGCAGUGGAUGAGCUGAACCCUGCACACGUGGAUACGCUUCGGAGACUGGUGUUUGCAUUACCCACUACACCUGCAUCACCUGCACCACCUACACCACCUACAACAGACCCUGACCUUGACAGUGAGUGA